UACACACAACACGCAGGAGUGAGCCCUCCACACUUUCUUUAGUUGGCUGCUCCUAAACUAUCAUGUAGUAAACUAUCAUGUAGUAAACUAUUAUGUAGUAAACUAUCAUGUAGUAAACUAUCAUGUCAGGCGAUAAAAACCACUUUGAAGAAACGUUUACUUUUUGUCAUCUUCCUUCCAGAAAGUUCUCUUUCCUGGAGGACCAGGACACCUUGCAGCUGUUGAUGAAAUGGUCCAUGCUUGGGAGGCUCUCUGCACAAACCUUCAGCUUUGAUCAGACUUUUUACCCUUACCUCGCUAAAAGAUUCGCCCUGUGCUUCUUCAGAGAUGCCAAGGUGUUGUCCAGUCUGAGAAUGAUGGCAGCCUGGGAUCCUCUCAUCACAGACAAAGUUGUGUCUGUGGAUGUGGAGGUGGUACCAUGCACCAAAAUCUCCAUGGACUUGUUUGACCCCAUCUACGCUUGUGGCAUCGUGAACAGCUCAGGACGCAUCGCCACAUGCUUCCACGAAGUCCACCCUGACUACGACAAACUCCGAGAGAUGCUGCGAGAGGAGGACUCCGAGCACUACCAGGUCGUCAGGAGCGCCGAGCGAGGGGAGUUUCUGUUUCGCCUCUUCAAGCAUCUCUGCCUGGGAGGAGAGCUGAAUCAGUACGAGGACACCAUAGAGCCUUACAUCAGCACCACCAAGAACAUGUACAAAGAUCUCAUCGGCGUUCAAAAGCAUCCAGAAAGCAAAAAGAUCAGCGUGGUCUCUACAGUGCUCAAAGUCUACGCCUUUGAUGAACUGGGCCGCUGUUACCCAGGACCACGGGAGGAAGAGCAGACCUUUGCUUACAUGGUAGUGGACCCCUUCAAGCGCCACGUGACUCUACUCUGCCACUCUUUUGGUAUCGGAAACAUGUCCCUUUAAUCUCGUUCUGAGGCCUUCAGAAUCACAAUAAACAAGGC